UGGACAAUGUCACUGCGUCAUGGCAUACGUCUCAGUGUCAACAAAUGACGAGCCGGUAAGCCUAGCUGAGCCUUCCCAGCAGCUCACCGAAUCGAAGCUCUCCAACGAGAACGUUUUCUUGCAAGAUAUAGGUUACUCGAAAGUCCCAACAAAGAGCGAAAAUUUUGUCAUCUCUUCGACAGCUGCCCGACAUCCUUGUCGACCACCAUGGAUCCCGUACACUCUUCGUGUGCCGUUUCUGACGUUUAUGACCGUGGUCUCUCUUAGCCUCUGCGCGAUCACGGCUGUAUUGACUGGUUACUCGAAGCACCAUGAUGGCUUGGGCAACGAUGACGGAUCAAGUGGUCUCCUUUUCGGUUGGAGAUUUACGCCUACCAUAGUUGCAGUCAUAUAUGCACGGUUGAUCGCCAUGGUCUUCAACGACUUCCGCAGGACCGAACCCUUCGCUAGAAUGGCACGAAGCCCUACCUCUGCCUCUAACUCGGUCUUCCAUGUCCCUGGGGCUUGGUGGAAGAUGUUGGCGGAAGCGUUCUCUCGCAAAAAGAACGGCGGAGCUAUCAAUUGGCCACUGGCAAACGCCACUACAGUCUUUGUCAUCGCAAGCUUGAUUAUCAGUUCCAUGUCGGCCAGCUUUCUUACGACGGGCGAAAUCACAUUACUCCAGACUUUGCCAUUGCAGAGGAGGACACUUCCAACAAACGCCUCACUGAAGCUUCAAGCUUCUCCAGACGUGUUUCUCGGUACAACCGGUAGCAUCAUUUACAACCUUUCAGUUGACCCUUGGACGCUCGGUGAAUACACCGUGCUGCCUUUUUGGCACGAAGGAGCGGACGCGGCCGAUAUGUUGAGGGGGAUUGGUGGAAACAAGACAGAGUCACUGAAGACAGAAACCUCAGUUUUCCGUACGGAAUACAACUGCAAGACCAUGAAUGCAACCAUAAGCCUCAACAACACCAGAGGUUUCUCUGCAACUGGCCACAGGAAUCCUGUAUUGCCUGGGCAUGACGACACAAUAUUGAUCAAUGGCACCUCAAAAAUGGACACUACAACGCUGCUAUCUGAUAGCGGCUGUCGGUUCCAAAUCGACAUGGCUCCUAUGAUGAUGGCGAAUAGAGUAAACAGUGCCGUGUGGGGACGUGCCCUCGAUCCACUCGAUGACAUCGGACAAGGCUGGACAGCUUACAUGGACUCGGAAAACACAACACAAGCCUACGUAUAUGUCCCUGGACCCUACACAUACUCCUUCUACCAGUAUAGUGGCCCAGGGAGCCCUUUUCUUAGAUACAACGGCUCCACAGCCUGCGCAGAUAAGGACAUUAUACACCUUUCGACUCAGCUCGUGGAUACUUCGAACGAUGUUGUGAAGACUCUUCAAGGCAACUACUCACAGAAAGCCUGGGAAUGUCAGCUAGAGAUAACUACUGCGGAAAUUCCAGUGAAGUUCUCGCAGUCACAAAUCGGCUCCGUAGUCACUUUUGAUCGCGAAGAGUUUGAGAGGAAUUAUGUUCAGGUUGGCGAUGAAGUCUUGAAUGGAACAGAGGCACGGAGACUCUUGCACCAGUCCAAUUGGCUAUCCUAUCUGAACCCUGCGCACUACAAAACCGAUCAUUCUGCGCUCCUGCUCUCCGCUGAGUACCAGUAUGACUUCAACUCUAUGAUUUCAGACGAUGAAAUACCGCGAAAAGCCCAAGCCGCCAUGGAAACCUUCCUUGCUAGUUUGCUACAGUCGUCACUGGCGGGCCCAAAUGCUUCAGAAACGCGGACGACGUCAGGAACAAGUGCGCGUAUCGUGACCCGUGUGGAAGUGUUUCAAGGGACGGGAAUAGCGCUUUCCGUUCUCUAUGGCAUUUGCGCUCUGUUUCUUGCUGCACUGGCCUGGCAGUGUGGCACGACUCGACGGUCGCUCAACUUGAAGAGUAAUCCUUCCACCACAGAAGGCAUUGCUGACCUCAUUGCAUCAGGGCAAUGGAACAAAGCAGCAUGGAAGCCACUGUUCAUCGCCUCUUCGGACGAGACGCGAAGAUGCUUUCAGAGCACGACAUAUAGCACUGAUCCAAAACUGCAGGAACACGACCAGACAUCAAGUUUGAAGAGCAACGAUACAAGCCGUGAAUUGAAAAUAAACACAUCGGUGCACGAAUGGAAGCCAACAACGCUGCGCAUCACUUCACUUAUCGGCCUAGCAAUUUACUUGAUAUUAAUCGCGAUAGGAAUCUCGAUACUCUAUGAUUAUUCAACGGGAAAUCGUCUCUAUCAGAGUUUGUUUGUAAACCAGGUAGAACUCGGAGAAAUCUCAGGUCAUGUCGCUAGAUUUACGCCUUUCUCCAUUGUUCCAACUUUUUUGGCGGUAAUACUCGGUAUGUGGUGGGAUGGCAUACACCAAAAGUUCUGCCAGCUACAGCCUUUCAACGCGAUGACGCAGCCCGGGGGUGCGCCAUGGAAAGACGGUCCGGGAAUGCACUACAGUGCCACCAAUUGGAUUAAGAGCUCUUCUCGUGCAGCUCGGAACCGCCAUUGGCUGUUGUUCUUCGUAAUCAUUGGCAACAUAAUGUGCCAGAUCUUCGUAAUCACAGCUUCCGCACUGUUUGCACGUGAGAACGGGUACAAGUCAACAGAGACGCGCCUGAAUAUCACGACAGAUCUUCGGCGUCUCCCAAUGAUUGCGAGUACUCGCAACUCUUUUUCGGUGAGCAGUGAUCAGUUUCAGAAUAACGAUACAAGCGUGUUAUCUUCAGCCGAUUUGGAGAGAAUCGUCACCUUCAAUUCUGAUUACGGUAUCUAUUGGACCAAAGACUCUACCUGGCUGUAUAGCGCUACCAAUCAGAUCGUCCAUGGAGCUGAUGAGCCAGCGUGGAGUAAAGACGGCUGGGCUUUCACACCAGUUGAACUGUCUGAAGUAACGAAUAAUCAGAGCAUGACCGUCAUGACACAAGCGAUAAGAGCUCGGGCAACUUGCAGCUCCACGUCGCAAAGCUAUCAGGUCUCUCACGAAGACUCGUGGCUUCUUACCUACGAUCUCACCGAUAAGAAUAUCUGGAAUACCUCGGCAAACCCUCAAGGCAUUGAAAGAGGAUACUUCAUCGGAAAUUACACACUUUACGGCACUCCAUUUUACGAAGGCAACGGUCUCCAGUUCUGCGCAAGCGGUUCUAACGCCUUAAUGACUGGUGCCAUGUGGAAUGACUACAGUGUCGGUAUGCCAGGUAGAUUUCCGUACCGCUUCUCCCAAUGGCCAAUCAAUUUUACCGCAGCUUGGAUGCAGGGAGCUGCCCAGUCUGGUUUCUUUCUUCGCGAUAAUUUCACGCUGAGUUCCAGAGCGUACGACGAGAGAAUCUAUCCAGCAACCUACGGUUGCGCCGACACUCAGACAAGGCUCAAUCUCUCCAUGUUCACCGAAGUGCCAAAGUUUCAGUCAGUGGACUGCCAACCAGUCAUCGAAAUCGCCAGUGCGAGGGUGACUGUUGGGCAAGAUGGUGGCGUCAGUAAUUUUGAGCUUAUGGAGGAUCCUAAGCCUUACAAUGACCCGUGGAAAGAUGUAUUCGUUAGUUAUACGCACAAUAGCAGCGAUGCAGGCCAGUCCCCGAAUGAUGAUUAUCAACAAAAUGGCAAUGUCACGUCAAGUUACGGUAUCUAUUUCCUCUCUUCACUGCUUAAAGCACCACAGAUCGGUUACGUUACAUCGGACGAUGAAACGAAUGUCUGGACCUUUGAUUCCAUCUAUCCAAACUACACGCGAACUGGCGCACCAUUUUUCAUUCGCGAGGAUCAGUCCGGAAUGGACUUGAUGUCCUACUGCAUGCACUACCUUGCUGAUAAAAAUACCACUGCACUCUUGACCAACACUACACUAUAUUCGGAACUAGUAGAUAAGACUAUUGGAACCUUCUUUGCCCACUUCGCUACGGGGGAUACAGAUGCGAUGCCGCGGCGAGUAUACCAACAGCCGGGAGACCGGAUGCCUGAUCUGGGCAAGAAGGUUGUGUUCGACGAGAAGACCAAGACACUAAAACAAGAGGACCCAGAGACAUAUCCGCCAGCGAAACCGGAUGCGACUGUAGACGCGCGGCUGGAUCAUAGAGUCCAGCUAUUGAGAAUGAAUCAUGUCGCAACAUGGCUCUCAUUCGGUAUUCUUGUCUCACUUCUUCUUAUCACCAUUGCUAUUAGCUUUCUACACAGGAGGUUUCUAUCACCGCUACAUCGCAACAUCGAGAGCAUGGCCGACGUCAUGCUUCUUGUAGCUGGGAGCGAUCAUCUUCUCACGCUAGUUAAAGACCACGGCAUAGAAGCUCUGCGGCAGGAUGAAAACUUACUCGUAAGGCUGGGCUGGUUCAGAAGCGAGACUGGGAAACUGCGAUGGGGUAUCGAGGUGGUUGACAGCGGCGAUGCGGACGCUGGCAUUGGCCAAGGCUUGGGAGUCGUGUGGGAAGAUGAGAGUGGGUCGAGAACCCAGAGCAAAUGGGAGAGGGUCAGUACGGGGCUGUCGAACCUCAGUCUGGGAAAGAGGAGGGUGAUGGUUUGAAUGCCAUACGCAGUGGCGUAUGCUGUAAUGACACAGAACUCUGUCAUUUGAGAGACAUCAACGAGAGAACAGGCAUCGAUCUAAGUCUCGACUUAAAGCCCGUUGGUAAUUUUCUAUGUUGGACAUUGGACAGGGUCAUACUUUAGAGUCACCAUGUUUACACAAGGC